CCAAUUAGUUGCACAAGCAAAUCUAGAAACCCUUGUUAUGGAAGGGUUUAGAUAUAACGAACGCUCGCGAGCACAAUACAAACACGAGCUUUCUUGUCCCCAAAGUCCAUCAUGGAAGUCACUCGGAUUGUCCCUGCUUUCCGAUUGUACUGUCAAGCACUCUCCUUCCAAUUCAUUUCCAGAAAACCCUUUUCAAUCAGAUCCUCGUGUGUCCUAAAGACCCAAUUUCUCUCUCUUCGGAGCGAGCAAAUUCCUAAAGCUAUAGCCACCAAAAUCUCAACCGAUGAGGACUCCUUCACCGUCCAAUACCUCGUACGUUCAUGCGGGUUGUCUUUGGAAGCUGCAAUUUCAGCUUCAGAAAAAAUACAGUUACAAUCUCCAGAAAAGCCAGACUCUGUUAUUGCGCUUUUGCGAAACAGCGGUUUCUCCGAAUCCCAGAUCUCAAGUCUUGUCAAGAAACGGCCUCCUCUCCUUUUAGCUGAUCCUGUGAAUACCCUUUUGCCCAAAAUUGAAUUCUUUCACUCUAUCGGGGUUUCCAGCUCUGACCUUGCACGAACUCUUUCAUCAAACCCGACCCUUUUGACUAGAAGCUUAAAUAAUCAAAUAGUACCCUCUUAUAACUUCCUCAAAAGUAUAUUGCUUUCUGAUGAAAAGAUUGUUUCUGCUUUCAGGCGCAGUACUUGGAUAUUUCUACAGGACUAUUCAAAGAUUCUUUUACCAAAUAUUAUGCUUUUAAGAGAAUUAGGUGUUCCACAAUCUUGUAUUUCACUGUUGCUCGCCCAUUUCCCUGAGGCAGUGAUGCAGAGGCAUGAGGAGUUCAGUAACAGUGUAAAAGAGGUUAAGGAAAUGGGAUUUGAUGUUGAGAAAUCAACUUUUGUAUUGGCUGUGCAUGCGAUUUCCGGUGAAGGCAAUAGGUCAUUAUGGAACAGGUGUUUUGAGGUUUAUAGGAGGUGGGGUUGGUCUCACGAUGAUAUUUUUGCAGCAUUUAAAAAACACCCGAAUUGCAUGAUGCUAUCAGAGAAAAAAAUCAUGAAAGCAAUGGAAUUUUUGGUGAAUAAGAUGGGUUGGCCCUCGAAGGCGUUUGUUCAAUCACCAAGUUUAUUAUUUUUCAGCUUAGAGAAGAGAAUUAUCCCUAGAUGUAGGGUUAUUAAAGUUUUGGCAUCUAAGGAAUUGGUAAAAGACGAUUUGAGUUUAUCUAGUGUAUUGCUUCCAUUGGAGAAGCAUUUUUUGAAACGGUUUGUGGCCAAAUUUGAGGAGGAAGUACCUCAAUUGUCGCGUGUGUAUGAAGGAAAGGUGAACCCAGAUGAAGUAUAAUUUGAAGCGUAUAAAAUUGGUAAGAUCAAGCAGAAGGUUAACACCGAUCUCUCUGUUUUUUUUUUUUUUUUUUUUUUUUUUUUU